AAUAUGGAUCGGGGUGGCGUCCCGAGGCACGUGCGACAUGAAUGCUGAACCAAAGAAGCACCCUCAUUGUGAACUGCGUCGAGAUUGAGAAGUGAGAGGGAAUGAAGUGUAAGUUGGUGAUACAGCCGAAUUGCUUGUUCGCUUCCAAACCAAGAGAUGGGAUGGUUCUGGGUUCCGGUCUUAUUUAAGUGUUACAUUCAACUUGUGUUAAUGUUCCCAGCAAUGCCAGCAUUUCGGUUACACAGAAGAACAAUACUAACCCCUGGAGUCGCGACGCCUAUUUUUCUAGGCUAUGCGAGGCUGAAUGGGCAGCUGUUGAAACAGACAAUACUAAGCCCUGCUCACUCUACCGAUUGGAACAGAAGUAUAAUAAUUAUGAGAAAUUAAAUCCCAAGCCAUGGGCAAAGUUCCCUCCCCAAAACUUUAGUUCCCUUGCAGCGAAACCUCCCAAUAGCUUU